GGAAAAAUUUGAUGCAACCUCACUAAAGUAAUCAAGAUAUUUUUUAUUUUGCGUUUUUAAAUUUUUUUUAUUCUAUUCGUUAAUUUAAUUUUUUUCUUCAACUGGUUUAAAAUGAUGUUUUAUCAAACAUCGUCAUCGAUGAUCAGUUAAAAUGUAUUUUUGUUAAUUGUUACUUUUUUAUUUACCUACGCAUUUGGUUUCUAAAUUACGUUAUCGUACGUGAUCUUUUGUUUUCCGGACUAGUUCUCUAUUGUAUUAUAUUAGUGAUAUCAAAAAUGGGCACGGGUGAUGAAGAAUACGAUUAUUUGUUCAAAGGUAAUUAUGUGAUUAUGUUAUUUUUUAUAGGCAAUAUUUUCAAAUAUUUCACUUAAUGAAAUUAUGUUUGUCAAAGAUUGUUUUUAUUUUAACAGCAUAACAAAAAAGAAAUACUAUUUUCAAUUUUAUUGCUUUAGUUAUAAUACUUUGAGUACAUUUUUUUAGAAUAUUAUAUUUACUUGGAUAUUUAGAAAUUUCAUUGUUAUAUAUUUUCUAGAAUUACUCAGAUAUAAUAGUUGGCUUUAAUUAAUAACACAUUAAUUGAUUUGUAUGUAUUAAUUUACUAAAGAUAUAAUUGUAAUGAUUGAAAUUAUCUAUAAUACAUAAUUAUGUAGGUCUAUUAGAUUCCACAUAUACAGUUUAUGUUAAUUUAUUAGAGAUUGGGUUACUUAUUGUGUUUUUGAAUUGGAUCAAUCCAUAAGUACUUAUCUAAUUUUAAUAUUGGUUAAUUUAAAAUAAUAAAAUUCAACUAAUUUUACUUGAGCAAUAAUUUUUAUAUAUAUUGUAAUGUAUAAUUCAACUAAUUAAUGAAUUGUAGAUAUUUUUUAAUUUUAAUUUUAUAAGUAUUUUGUGGUUUAAAAAUUAGAUACCUACCUACCCACUUAUGAAACUCAUUAAUUUGUUAUAUUAUUUUUUUAAUUUCUUAUAUAAAAACUAAAAUUACAAAAUAUCUUUUUAAUUAUUAUUAGUAAUAAUUAUUGUUUAUAUUAUUAAUUUUGAUGCGGAAUCUAUUUAGAUUUAUUAAGUUUAUUUGUUUUUAUUUGUAAUGUUUUAUAUAUAUAUCGGUAUUAUAUAUAAUUUAUUUGACGUUGAACUUAUGAAUUAAAGGUUGGUAUUUAUUACAAUUUAUCUUAAAUAGUACCUAUAAAUUAUCUAUGUCUUUAUUUUAUUUCAUAAGAAUUCUAGUAUAUUCAGAUACCAGUUUUAAGAUAUUGGAUAUGAGUUAAUCAGUUUUUUUAGUUUUAACUGAAUUUAAUGAUUACUUACAAUGUACAAAGGUAUUGCACAGUAAGCUGCUUUGUAAGCAAUUUAUAAACUGUUAAAUGAAAAAAAAAUAAUAAUAUACCAAAAUCAUACAUUUUUUUGGUAACAAAGAAUUAAAGUUGUUUCUUAAAAAAUGUUUAACAUGUAAGCUUACACAUAACUUGUACAUUAGUUGUUAGGACUAUUAUUUAUGUUGUAUUGAAGUUAAUAUGCCUAUGCAUUGCUGUAUCCCUAGUACAUAUUAUUGUUAAUUAAUUUAAAAAUAGUAAGUUUAGGUAGUUGGAUAUUUAGAUAUUUAAAACAAUUAAUUAAUAUGUAUUUGAUAUUCCUCCAAAAUCAUGUUACAUUUUUUUUUAUUAGCUUAAUACUAAUCCUAUGUAUAUAUAUUGAUCGUUAUUGUGGCACACAAAUUAAUUAACUGUUAAAAUAAUUAUACACUAUUCUCUAAGGAGAAUCAGAUUAUAUCCAUUUGUGUAUAUUGUAAUGCACAAAUUAUGGUGUAUAUUUUUUUUACAAUAGAAAUUUAUAUCAGGCCAUAGAUGAAUAAAUUUGUGAAUAACAGUACAACGUGCAAAUUAAAUAAUUAAACAUAAAAAAUUCUCAAAUUAUUCAAAUUACUUAUUAUUACCCACUGAUUGACUCUAUUAAAAACAAUAGGUAUUAGGUACCAAUAUUAUUUAAAAUAAUAAAACUAUUCAAAAUAAAUAUUGUAGUUCAUGAUAUAGCUUUUUAAAUUUUAACUUACUAAUUAUUAUAUAUUUUGUUCUGGCAAUUAAUAUUUUUGUUAAAUUCUUGGAUAGAUGCAUUUAAUUUAUUUUAUGAUUUACCAUUUAGAAAACACCUUAUUGUAGUUUUGACCUUUUAAUAGAGUGGUUUAUUGGCUUUAAUAAAAUCAUUGAAUGCUUAAUAAAGCAAUUUAUUUAUAUUAUUUUAACAAUAGUAUGUAAUAUACAGUGCCGGAAUUUUUUGCUUCGAGAUAAUAAAUUAUUUUAUGUAUACCAUUCUUUAAGUAACCUUAAAUAGUAGUGGAUUUUUAUAUGGUGUAUUUAUAUUAUUAUCUCAAUUAAAUUGUAUUACUUAUGGUGACUUUUUUUUAUAAUGUUAAAUGAUAUUUUUUUUUUAUUUAAACGAAAUUGUGUAGGUAUAAAUAGUAUAGAUUUAGUUUCUGGUUUUUAGUUACAUUAGGUAUAGUAAGACAUUUUAAACCUGUAUUGCAAACACUAAAUAGUAAAUGUAAUAAACAUAUUCUUAAAAUUCAAAGGUUAACUCUUAUUUUUUGGAUGGUUAUAUUUUUGUUUAUUAUAAUAUAAAAAAGUAUGUUUGCAUGGUGUGAAUCAUAAAUUUGGAUGUUCUAAAAAAAAAAAAAAUACUGCAAGGGCAAGAAAUACUUAGCACCUCUAGUCACUUUCAUUUUGGAAUUUGAAUACAAAAAUUAGAAAUUUUUUAUGAUUUUUGGUUUCUUUUCUUUACACAAAAUAAUAUACAUAAUUAUAUAAGAUAAUAAUAAUAUAUUUGUGUAUCAUUUAUUGUUAAUUAUAUUAUGUAAUAUUACCUAUAACAUAUUGGAUAUGUAUUGUAAAUAUUCAAGAUUUGACUGUAAUGAUAAAUUAAGAAAAAUAAAUUGAAUUGGUGUAAUAUUGGUUUGAUUAGCUUUUAUUAUUUAUAAUUGGAUUACCCAGUAUUUCUCGUGCUUGCCCCUAUCAAUAUCAUAGUCAAUCAUUGUUGCCCGGUAAUUUGUCUUUUUAAAAGGGCACUUCCCCUUGUUUGUGACAGUCAAAUAAAAUAAUAGGAGCUGUGGUUUUAAAUUCAUAUAUGUCACUUAAGGUAACCCAAAAAUCAACCCGAAUAAAGAAUUCAAUUUUUCAUAUUAAAAUAUCAAAAAAUAAAUGUGAACAGUGGUUUAUCCUUUAGUUAAAUUUUGAUACAAAAAAUAAACUGUGGUCUUCCUUUUGUUUUGAAUUUUAAGUAUGCAAAGUUUCAUCAAGAUUGGAAUAAAACUGCAGAUUUGUUUAUCUGGCAGAUAGAUUUUCAAUUUCAUACAUAAAAUAAAUAGUUUUUAAUAUUUUUUUUUUAUGUUUUAAUUUUAUAUUUAUUAAAUUGAUUAAAAUAUUUUAUUUUAUCAUGUUUUAGUUGUUCUUAUUGGAGAUUCUGGUGUUGGUAAAAGUAACUUGUUGGCUAGAUUUACACGCAAUGAAUUUAAUCUAGAAUCAAAAUCUACCAUCGGGGUAGAGUUUGCUACAAGAAGUAUUAAGGUAUUAUAUAAUAUUAUGUAUUAUGAAUGGUAUUGUUAUAAGUUUUCAUUUUUAUUUUAUUUUAAUAAUAUGCAUUUAUAAUGUAUAUUUUAUGUACUUAUGUAUUGAAUAAAUGUGUAUCAGUAUAAGUGCCAUUAUAUUAAAAAUUGUCUUUAGGAAUUGUCUUAACUAUAAACAGAAUUAUUAAAACAGCAUAUAGGUUAUCUACUAAUAUAUUUUUUCAAAACUGCCAAUAAAAUCUUCAAAUAUAAAAAUAUAAACUUAUACUAAAUAUUAAUUAUCUCUUAACUAAAACAUAUUAAAUAUGAUGUUAGGUUAGGUUAAAAGUUGUCACAACUUUAUUUUUAAUGUAAUUUUAAUUGUUGUUUUACUACUGAUUGCAGUAUUAAUAGAGUAUAUCAAAUAAUAAACAUAUUGUGAAAUACAUAAUUUUAUUGUAUUCCUAUUGUUAUCUAUGUAUCUUUUUUUGUUUAACAAAGAAAGAUACUUAAGUUACUUAAAUUGAAUUGCUACUAGCGCUAAAAUAAAAUAAUAAUACUGUAGCAAUAUGUUUAUCUGCAAACUUAUUAAUAUUGACUUUUGGGUUUAUUUUUCUUCAAAGUUUUAUUACUAUUUGGUUUUUAUUUAUUAUUAAAAAAAUGUUAUUAGUAAAUAACAAAAUUUAAAAUGUUGCAAAAUUGUUUUAUUAAAAAACCUUUUAUGUUAUUUGCAAAUUAUGCCUACCAAUAAAAAAAUUAUUAAAAAUUGUUUUAUUCUUACACCAAUAUAAUAUUUUUAUGUUAUUUUAAAAAAAAUAGUAAAUGAAUAUUGUAUUAUAUAUAUAAUGUUUAUAUUUUUUGUAUACAUCAUAUAUUAAUAUAAUAAUAAAUUAAUAAGAUAAUUAGAAGAUGUAAAUAACUAAUACAACUUCUGCCAAAUGUAUGAUAGUAGUUCUAAAAAUAUAAAUAAUCAGUGUUCUAUAAUAUAUUGAAUACAAGGUUCUCUUUAAAUUUGAAGUCAUUAAAAGUAUCAUUUUACUAAAUAAUUACUAGUUUUCUAAAUAGGUAAAUAAGAAAAUGAUCAAAGCUCAAAUUUGGGACACUGCAGGACAAGAACGAUACAGAGCUAUUACAUCAGCGUAAAUAUUAUUUUUUAUAAUAUUGAAAAUACAACAUGUUGGAUUAAUUAAAUGUUAACUUUUAGUUAUUAUCGAGGAGCAGUAGGUGCACUGUUGGUAUAUGAUAUUGCCAAACAGCUAACUUAUCAAAAUGUGGAACGAUGGUUGAGUGAACUUCGUGAUCACGCUGAUCAAAACAUAGUCAUUAUGUUAGUAGGCAACAAGUCAGAUUUGCGUCACCUAAGAGCUGUGCCAUCAGAUGAAGCUAGAGCAUUUGCCGAGGUCAAUAACUUGUCAUUUAUAGAGACUUCUGCUCUUGAUUCAACCAAUGUUGAAACUGCUUUUGAAAACAUAUUAACAGGUAUAUAAUCAUUUUUAUUUUAUAUUAAAUUUAAAUUAGAAUUUUUAUGACUUACUCAAAAAUAUACAUAUAUAAUAUAUUAAGCUUAUAUUUGUUUGAUAUAUUAAUUUUAAAAUAUAAACUUGUAGGUUACUAUAUUUAUUAGCAACAUAUGGUUAUUUUAUAUUUAUUGCUUAUCUUCUAAAGCUUAUGUAUUUGGUCAUUGUCACUGAUAAGCUGUCUGUCAAAAUGCUUAAUAUGUGUAAUUUGUGCACGUGUGCUAUAUAUAUUUAUUAAGGUUUAUAACUAUUGUCAUAAUUUUACUGUAAAUUCUUUAUUUAAAUAUAGUGAAUAUAAUUAAAGAACUUUAAAUUAAUAAGAUAGAUAAAGAAAACAUUUUGUAAAUUUAAUAAAUUGUUAUAUUAGUAUUUCUAAAAAAAUCCAGAAAAAAAACAAAUUUGAUAAUUUAUAACAUUGAUUGAGUAAAAGCUGUACAGUUAAUUUUCAUGUAAAAAAUAUAUAUAUGUAGAUUUGCUGUACAUACUAUAUUUACUGCAUGCAUUUUACAUAUGUUAUACAGUUUUGAAAUAUUUUAUUUAGAUAUAAGAGGUGGUAUUUCCAUUACUUAUAUAGUUGAGUACUAAGGUGCAUAAAGUGAAAUUUUGGUUUAAGAUUUUGAUAUCACCAUAUGAUAAAUAAACAUUUUACAUUUUCAUAUGAAAUUAGUUAAAAAAAAAAAAAAACUACUUAUAAAGAUUUUUGUCCCAAAACUUUUUCACAGGGUAAACAGCUUUAUAGGGAACCAAUUUUGAUCAUUAUAUAUAUAUUUUUUUUCAAGAAUUUAUACAAGUUUCUUUAGACUUAGAUUUUGAAAAUCUUAUUUGCUUGAGGCUUGAGGCCCUCAUACACUAUGAUAAAAUAUAACAGUUUUCAUUGUCACAAUAAAAAUUGUGUUUAAAAUUAAGACUCGUUAGAUAUAAAAACUGGUGUGUUUCAUUAUCAGUUUUGAUUGAUGUGUUUUAUUGUGACAAUGAAAACCAACUUAUUCAUUGUAGUGUAUGUAUAUGUGGUUCAAAAUUAAUUCAAGUUUGAAUAUGACUGAUUUUUUUAAUUUUUUUUUUUUGUUUUUGAUACAAAAUUAAAAUUGAAGUUCAUUGCACUCUAUAGAAAGUUCUCUUUUAAAUAAAAAUAAAACCGAAAUCGGAUGUUUAUAUAAACCAGGAAAUUUCACCUUGUAAAACAUGUAUUGAAACAUAGAAAAUAGGUCGUGCACAGGUACGGAAAAAUUAAAACCAAUUUAAAUUUUGUUGAAAGUUAUUAAAAUAUUAAUUGUAAAUGUUAAAAAUUUAUUAUUAGCAAAUUUUAACGAUUUGUAAAAAAUCAUAUCAGGCACCUUAAUACAGUUUUCAAUAAAUAUUUGUUCAUAAUAAAACAGCUUAAUAGAUUUCAUGUAACAAAAGUUUAGAAUUUGCAUUAUUUAUUGAACGCUUGAAAAGUUAUUCCUUUUUAUGUAAGUAAUUGUUAUAGUUUAGUUAAACGUAUGUGUAAACCUAAUUUCAUCUACCAUAUAAUGAGUUUACUUUGUUUAUUUUAUUAUUUUAUACCAUAAUAUGAUCAUAGUUGAUAUUUAAUUAAAUUGCUUCUGAAUGAUGUUUUAGUUGUAUGUAUUGUAUUAUUUUGGUACUGAGUAGAUUUGUUUUUGUUUUUUUUUCGUUGGGUUUUUCAUCAUUCUUCAGAAAUCUAUAACAUCGUGUCUCAAAAGCAAAUGAGAGACCCUCCUGAGGGUGAUACGAUACGGCCCACAAACAUUGAGCCAAUUGACGUCAAACCUACAGUCAACUCUGACAACGUCAGGAAACAAUGCUGCCAAUCAUCAUAGAUCAGGUUUGUUUUACAGGUUGCUGAUGAAAAUAUGUAGGUUUUUUUUUAAUCUAACCAUAUAUUAUUUGACAAAUGUCCCAAGAUAAAUAUUUUAAUAUAAAUAGUGGAAUUGAGUUUUCAAUUUUAUUUUAUCAUACAGAAAUCCAUCGCAAAGUAUCAGCUCGUCAAAUGGAUAGUAUGGAUGGGGACGAAAUUGACAAAGUGUGUAUGAAGCCAAUCAGGAUAGAUGCAACUACAGCAAACACAAAUGAUUCGGCUGCAUUCCAAAUUAAACAGUUCUGCUGCAAUGCGUCAGCUUGAGUAUCAAAAUUUAAGUCCACCCUUAGGUUUUAUAAGUGUUGUCCCCCUUUCCAUAUUUUAUUUUAUUAUUAUUUUGCAGUACAGGUUUUUUUUUUGUAUUUAAGUUAUAUUAAAAUGUUCUUACUUGCUUCUCAUUUUGGGGCUCUUAUCUUUUUUCAUUAUUUAAUUACAAAUUAUACUUAUAAUUCGAUGUACGUUUAAUAUUUUAUAAUCGUUAAUUAUAUUAUUGAUAUUAUUUUUUUUUUUUUGCAAACUACUAUUUUAAAUAUUCGAAUUAUAUAGUUUAGAUUUCAUUAUUGUUAUAAUGUUAUUGGUAAGUAUAAUAUCUGGAAAAAUUCAAAUGCAUCAAAAUUUUUAGUAGUAUGUCAAUUUUUUAAUCAAACUGCCACUUUAUAUUUUCUUUUAACCCCAAAGAAUAGUAGUCAUAAUAUAUUUCAUUCUAAGUACACACACUAUACAUUUUUAUCAUAAUUUCUAUUUCAAAUUUUAUAUUAUUUGGUUUUUAACAACCUGCAAAAUGUAAUCGGUAAUAUUAUUUUAUUAUAUUGUAUAUAAAAAUUUUAAAAUAAAAAUUGAUUAAUAUUAAAUCAUAUUUUUAGUUUAAAAAAUAGAACAAGUUUAUUUAGGCAAUAAACAAUAUUAUUGUAUUAACAAUUGUGUGUGGUUUAUUUAUUCCAAAGAUAUUAAAUUCUAACUUUAUCUAGAAGCUUUACUAUACAAAUCUAUGUAAGAAUUACUUUGUAAUGAUUAGUCAGAAAAAAUGUAUAAUAUCUUUUGAGUUGCUCCUGCCAGAGGUGUAGAAUCCCCGUUAGCCCCUUUCUCCUACCUAUUGACAUGGGAAAGGGAAACCCUAAUCGGCAGCUCUUGUCUAGACCCUGGCCCCUUCCCUGGACAUGAGGAUUAAGGAUACCUUCGUGGAAACUGUACAAUAUGUACAAUGUCACCCUUAGGGCAACAUACCGCUGUACCCGGAGACAAUUAUAGCCUAACCAGGCAUGUUACCACUUAACCUUACACAAUAAGCAUGAUCUAAUUAUGAUCAACAUUUUUUAUGGUCGGCUCACAUUUACUUACCCUUUCCCCACUAAUUUAUAAUAAUAGGUUG